AUGAGUGAAAUCAGUCACCUCAAGGUUCGAGCUCGGCUGCUGCUGGUGGUGUGCCUGUGGGCACAGCAAACUCUGGCAACCCCGUGCCAGGGUGAGCUGAGAUUAACCAGUGAAGGCAAGGAGAAAUGCUGCCCCAAAUGCAUCCCAAGCACAGGAAACAGCAACACGUGUCAAAAUAUUCAGGACCAUGAAUGCAAAUGCCGUCAGGGAUUCAGCUGUAUUGAUACUUCAUGUCUCUACUGCCAAAAACUGCCUGAAUGCGCAGAAGGCGAGGAGCUGCAUAAGAUUGGCGUUUCAGACUUCACAUUUAAAUGUAAACCUUGUGAUACAGGAACCUACUCUAACAUUAAGAAUGGCUGGUGUCGUAAGUGGACUGACUGUGAAAGUUUGGGGUUUCUAACAAUCAAGCAAGGCAACAGCACGCACAAUGUCAUGUGUGGUUCCCCUAAAGAUUUGGAGCAAGCUCCCAUUACAAACAACUCUCUAUACACCACCAUCCUGGCCUUCCUCACCGCGGUGGCUCUAUUUGUUCUCAUCUUGCUGACCUUCUUCUUGCAUUUCUGCAUAUGGUCACUGAAGAAAGGGAAAUACCACGCAGCCGAUGAUCUGGAACAUAACUUCUCUAGGCUGGUCGUGGCUCCACAACCAUCCCACCACAGAGAAGAGAUUGACAGCUGCCAAUUUCCAGAAGAAGAACACGGAGAGAAAACACUGGAAGAAAAAACUUGCUAUUCCCAUCAUCCGAGUCUGCACUGA